AUGGCCUUCACCCAGGCAUUAGCCACCAUGCUGGCACUGCUCACUGGGAUCCUGCCACACAGCCUCAGUGAAAACUUGGACCGUAGAAAGGCCAACGGGGACAAGUGUGUCCACCACACCCAGUGCUUGAGUGACUGCUGCCUCAUAGACCUGGAAAGAAGGGGGGCCUUCUGCACCUCCAAGUCUCGUAUGGGCAUGGCGUGCUUACCCCAGACCAAGGGGACCCUGAACAUCAUAUGUCCCUGCCGAAUUGGCUUGAGCUGUCACUCCCAGGACCCCAUGUGCCCCCGCCGGUGCCAAAUGAUUUAG